AUUGAAAUACACAACCGAGAAUUCCGGAACUCUGCCAUAUACAAAAUACCUCCAUACCUCUCCCACCAUGGCACGCUCUCCCUCCGAUGCCACGCGCUUUACCUCGACAGGACCCUACGUCUCCAAUAAACCCGCAGGCACAACAUCCUUCACAUCCAACCCAACCGCACCAUCCCCUUCGCAAGCCACAAACCUCAAAUUCGGCCCCUCCGCGCCGGCCAACGAAACGCCUCAACAAAAAAUCGCCCGUCUCCGCGCCGCCGCCGCCCUCGCCAAAGCCCCCCAAGAAACAUCAUGGGACAAGACCGUCCGGCGAGGCCGCAUCUGGGCCGACCGCGCCCACCGCUUCACAGCUCUCGGCCUUAUCGGCUUCACAGUCAUCAGCGCGGCGGUGGCGACGGCAGGAAUCACGGAUAUGAUGAUGCACAAUCGAAGACGGAGGAAUGAAUGGUUCGCGGAGAAGAGUGCGGAGGCGACGCGGAAUAUGUUGCUUGCGAUUCAAGCGGUAGAGAGGGGCGAGGCGACGGAGGAUCAGGUCUUGUUGAUUAAUCGGGCGAGGGUCGCGGAGCAGGUUGCCGAGGAGAAGAAGAAUAAGCCUGGGAUUUUUAAGAGGGCUAAAGGAUGGUUAUAUGGGGGUUUGAGUGAGGAGGAGAAGAGAGGUGGGAGAUUAGGGGUUGUUGGUGCUGUGGAAGAGGCGGUAGAGGAGAGGAGGGAUGGUGGGACGGGAGGCGUGUUACAGGCGGUCGAGGAGAAGAUGGAGUCUUCGCGGAGGAGAGAGAUGGAAACGUUGGCGGAGAGUAUCAAUCCGGCGGGAGGAUCGUUGGAUCAGCGGGCACAGCUUUUGGUCGAUUCGGCGUCAAAUGUCACGUCAAGUUGGUUUGGGCUUGGGAGACGGUAG